AUGAAUAUAAGUAUGCGCUCCAGUCAGUCUUCCUAUGGAGACCCUCGGUAUCUCUCGACCAUGACCGCCUCCGAUGCUCCAGCGUUGGUGCCACCGCAUGGAAAGACACUCGUGGACGGGUAUCGGGAUGAUCUGGACCCCCAACAUGAGGAACGGUCACGAUAUAACCCACUCAACCCGGCCCACCCGCGAAGCUCGGCUCUCCUGAAUGCCAACGACCCCGUAGCCAUGUACCUGUUGACCGAGACCGCCAUAGGGGAUAGCACGAAUUACGAAGUGCUAUCCUUCGAGGAGGUGGAAGAGCUGAAGAAGGAAGUGACAUUACUGUCCACUCGCAUCCAGGGCACGAAACGGAAAUUGGCACUCGAGACGAAGCUGCGUGAUGCGGCGCAGUCUCUCGGUAGGCUCUACAGCCCACCCAGCCCGCGGAGCAGCGGCGAAUACGGUUCCAAUGGCAGUUCGAACCCGCGCCGGAUGAGUCGGGGAAUAUUUGGUCGCAGUGAGACUUCCGAGGCUCUCGAUAAGAGCGACUCCGAACUCGCGGUCAGCCAGCGGCGAUGUGAAGAGUUGGCGCAGGAACUCUGGAAGCUGGAAAAAAGGUCUCAGAAGAUUAGCCAACGCUUGCUGGAACACACUGCAGGUGUCUUGCAGAUGACACACAAGGGUCUGAAGAAGGGUCCUAAGAACCCUGCUCCGCACGCUUCGGAUAGCACCUACGAUGGUCACCAAUUCGACGACCGCAGUCUCUACCGGGCGGCCGAGCAUUUGGAUAGCUUUGGCGUGCAUGGGAAGGGUGAAAACAACGCAGCCGCCGCAAUGAAUACCAAGGCCAUGCAGGCCACAGAAAGACGAUUGGAGGAACUUAGCGAGCGCAUGCAUGACAUGAUGAUACAGUCCAACCCCGGUGAAUUUAUCGAUCCUCCCCCGCAGCUGUCAGGGGGUGAAGGGCCUGUCAAUCCCACAGCAACGGUUGAAGCUCACCUGGCCUAUAUCAAGAAUGGCAUGAAUAAUAUUGUCUUACAUACGGGAAACGCUCCUACUCCCGUGGUUACUCGCGAUGUUGCACCUGAAGCUGAGGGAGCGUGGAAACACCAACUCACCAAAAUCAACAAUCAAGUGCAAACCAUCGUUGAUCGGUUUGGCUUGACCCGUUCGCCAACCUUGCCUCCGCCCCCUGAUGCGUCCCACGGCGAGGGGCUGGAAGAACAACUCUCAUAUCUACAGACUGGUCUAGAUGGCCUGGAGAGUCGAGUGGACGGAGUACUCGAGCAAAAGAGUAUUCUCACAACACAAAUCCAGCAGCAACGCGAGCUCAACUCUAAGUCAGACGCAGAGCGAGAUGCUCAUAUCGGCGACCUAACAGAACAGUUGGCCGAUGUUCGCAAAGAUCUUGAAGUAUCUGAGCGCGAAGGCAACGCCAGCCGCGACGAGCUGGCUCUUGUCACGGAACAGCUCAACGCAAUGCGCCACAGUGGCUCUUCUCAGGAAGAAGCCAAGGCCACUCUAGUCAAGGCCGAGGGCGAAGUCGCACGUUUGCAGAGCGUUGUUACCUCGUUACACAGCGAAGCUGAUGCCAGGAUCAAUGAAGUCAGAGAAGCCCGAGAUGCCCAAGAUCAAGCAGAGGCCGAGCUUAAGCGCCUGCAACACUACAUCGACGAUAUGCAAAGAGACAACGAGGGCAGAGCCGAGGAAAUCAGUGAUGCCCGCGACCGCGCAGAAGGCGAGGUCAAGCGACUACAGGUCGUCAUUACCUCAUUGCAAAAUGAUGCCGAAGCUAGGAGUGAUGAGGCUAGAGAGGCCCGUGAGGAUGCGGAAGAUGAAGUGAAGCGUCUACAAGUGGCGAUUACAUCUUUGCAACAUGAUACCGACGUUAAGAUCGAAGAGGCCAAAGAGGCUCAUGACCAUGCGGAGGACGAAGUGAAGCGUCUACAGGCGGUGAUUGCAUCUUUGCAAAAUAACACCGACGCUGAGGUCGCAGAGGCCAGAGAGGCUCGUGAUCAUGCGGAAGACGAAGUGAAGCGUCUACAGGUCAUUAUUGAAUCUUUGCAAAAUGACACAGCCGUCAAGACCAAAGAGGCCAUGGAAGCUCGCGACCGCGCGGAAGAUGAAGUCAAGCGCCUACAUAUCGUCAUUGAGACUUUGCAAAAGGAUAUCGAUGCUAGAGAUGCGGACAACAGGGAAGCCCGGGAUCGUGCGGAGAACGAGGUCCAGCGACUACAGAGCGUCGUUGAAACACUGCAGAACGAUAGCGAUUCCAGAUCGGAGGAAGUUAGGGGUGCUCGUGACCGCGCAGAGCAAGAGGUGGCUCAACUCGAAGCCGCAAUUCAACAGAUUCGAAUCCAAUCCGAUGCCCGCAUCAAGGAAGCAGAUGAUCAGCGCGCGCAGUCCGAGCACAAUGCCACUCGCCUGCAGAAUGAGAUCACUGAUCUCGAAGGCGAGAUUGUACGAGUCACAACUGAACUGACAAUGGUCAAGGCAGAGCUGGACGGUGCCUAUGGUACUCGGGCCGAACGCGCGGCAGAGGUGUCUUCCAACCCUAGUAUCCAAAGGGAAAAUGAUGCCCUGGUUACCCGAAACAUCGAGCUCACCGAGGAACUUGCCCUUCUGAAGGGCCAGCGAGGAGGUGGUGAUCUUCAGCAGCGGGCGGAUACUCUUGAAAGAGAACUUCGCGAGACCAUUGAUGACUAUGAAGCAAUGACGAAGGCAAGCAUCGAAUUUGAGAAGGAACGCGAACGCUUCGAAAGCUUCAUUGACAGUCUUCGAGAUCGUUGCGAACAACUCGAGACACAACUGGCAGAAGAACGUAUCAGUUGGAUGAAUUUGAGUAGUCCCACAUCUGUGGGCCGCGAUGGCACUUCUGAGACAACCUCUACCAUGGUGCUCAAGAAUGAGUUCAAGAAGAUGAUGCGUGACACGCGCAACGAGAACAUGAAGAUACUGAGGGCCGAACAAGAAGAGCGCCGCAGGCUUGAAGGGUUGCUGCGAGCCCUAAAGAAGGAGCACGCCCAGGCGACUGGCAGACCAAUGCCCAGCCCAGGUGGCACUCCAUUAUGA